UCGGACAGUAAAGACGAAGUGAUAAUUUGUACGUGCAAAAUGUUCAGCGACGCAAUAAGCUUUUUAGUCGGUAUUUUCUUUUCCAAAUGGAGUUUCUUUGUCCUAAUUCUGUGUUUCUUUGCGUACAAAUGGAGUAUUGCGACUUACGAUACAUUUGAGAAGCGUGGACUCAAGUUUAUCCCUCCGAUUCCUUUUUUCGGAAAUUCAAAGCAUAUGAUUCUGCAAACCAAGAAUUUCGCCGAUGCAUUGAAUGAAAUGUACAACUAUUUUCCAGCGGAGAAAUUUCAUGGGAUGUUUGAGAUGCGAAGGCCGGUCUUUUUUAUCCGAGAUCCUGAAUUAAUCAAGCAAUUGACCGUCAAAGAUUUCGAUCACUUUCUUGAUCACCGGCUUAAUAUUGAUGAAAACCAUGAACCACUCUUCGGAAGGAAUCUUCUUACACUCAAAGGUCAAAAAUGGAGAGACAUGAGAUCCACUCUGAGUCCUGCUUUCACAGGAAGCAAAAUGCGGACAAUGUUCCAUUUGGUCUCUGAAUGCUGCUCAGAAACCAUGAAUUAUCUGGAGAAGGAAUCCAAAGGAGGAAAGCCAACGCUGACUAACUUGAAAGAUCUUUUCUCAAGAUUCACCACAGAUGUAAUCGCAUCUUGUUCUUUCGGUAUUAAAGUGGAUUCCUUGAGAAACAGGGACAAUCAAUUCUUUCUCUAUGGCAAAGAAGGAACAGAUUUGUCUAGAUAUCGUACACUUGCUUUCUUCUUAUUGAUGAUGUUUCCUAAAUUCUGCAAGAUUUUCAGAAUACAUAUUUUUACGCAAGCGUUCUGCAACUUCUUCAGGACACUUGUUUGGGACACAAUUCACUUAAGGGAGAAAGAAAACAUUGUUCGACCGGAUAUGAUUAAUCUCCUGAUUCAAGCUAGGAAAGGAAAGCUCAAAUAUGAAGACGAGGAAGACAGAAAAGAAGGAUUCUCUUUUGGGGAAGCGAUUCAUCAUAGUAAACUUGCGGACGAUGAUCUCACGGCGCAGUGUCUUAUUUUCUUCUUGGCCGGAUUCGAGACAACCAGCACUUGUAUGUGUUUUACAGCUUAUGAAUUGGCCGUCAAUCCAGAAGUGCAGAAGAAGCUUUUGGCUGAAGUUGAUGACAUGAAUGAAAUGCUUGGAGGAGAACCAAUUUCUUACGAUGCUUUGCUUAAUAUGAAGUAUUUGGACAUGGUUAUUUCUGAGAGUCUGCGAAAGUGGCCAGCAACAGUUGCAACUGACAGACAAUGUGUUAAACCAUAUACGAUCGAAACAGAUGAAAUAAGUUGUGAAGUAAAAGUCGGUGAAGCUUUUUUGGUACCGAUCAUAAGUCUUCACCAUGACCCAAAAUUCUUCCCGAAUCCUUCUCGCUUCGACCCUGAGCGAUUCAGCGAUGAAAACAAGGACAAAAUCACUCCAUUUACUUACCUUCCAUUUGGAGUUGGCCCUAGAAUAUGCAUAGGAUCGAGAUUUGCCUUGAUGGAAACGAAAGCCAUUAUUUACAACAUCCUGACAAAAUUUACGUUUGAAGUCUCAGAGAAAACUCAAAUUCCAAUCAAAUUGACCAAGACGGGUUUCUUUUUAAAGCCAGAGAAAGGCUUCUGGGUUGAUCUUAAGCCAAGAUUCGAAUUGCUGUGUAUUGCGAAAUUAGUCAUUCAGCGCUGGUAUAAAAAGAAGGAAAAAAUUCACUUGUCUUCUCAGUUUGGUUAUUUUUGUGUUCGCGAGCGCACGUCUUUCUCUGUUUACAGAAUGAUCGGUUGCGCAAUAAGUUGUUUGGCCGGUCUUGUCUUCUCCAAGUGGAGUCUUUUGGCAGGAAUUCUUGGCUACUUCACGUACAAAUGGAGCAUCGCUACUUACAAGACAUUCGAGGAACGUGGCGUUAAAUUCGUCCCACCUUUGCCACUUGUUGGCAACUUUAAACACUUAGUCUUCCAGACCAAGUCCUUUAACGAUGCCAUACAAGAGAUGUACGAUCACUUCCCCAGAGAAAAAUUCUUCGGAAUAUUUGAGAUGCGGAGGCCAAUUUUCUUACUGCGAGAUCCGAAAAUGAUCAAGCAGAUGGCUGUGAAAGACUUUGAUCACUUCCUCGACCACAGAUUGAACCUUGAAGAAAAACACGAUCCUUUAUUCGGGCGCAAUCUUUUAUCUCUCAAGGGACAGAAAUGGAGAGACAUGAGAUCCACUCUGAGUCCUGCUUUCACAGGAAGCAAGAUGCGCACAAUGUUCCAAUUAGUCUCUGAAUGCUGCUCGGAAACCGUGAAUUAUCUGGAGAAGGAAUCAAAAGGAGGAAAACCAAUGUUGACUGACUUGAAAGAUCUCUUUACAAGAUUCACCAAUGAUGUCAUUGCGACUUGUGCUUUUGGGAUUAAAGUUGACUCAUUCAAUGACAAGGAGAACGAAUUUUACCAAUAUGGAAAGAGUGCAACUGAUUUUAGUGGAUUUAGAAGCUUGUUCUUCUUCUUGAUGGUGUCAUUUCCGAAGUUCUCAAAGGCUGUGGGUAUCAAACUCUUUUCGGAAAAAUUCUCCACGUUCUUCAGAAAACUCGUCUGGGACACAAUUCGCUACCGAGAACGAGAGAAUAUUGUCCGUCCUGAUAUGAUUAAUCUCCUAAUUCAAGCUCGUAAAGGCAAACUCAAGCAUGAGGAUGAAGAAAUGGACAACGAAGGAUAUGCGACUGUUCAAGAAACAACUGUGGGAGAAGCCAUUCAUCAGAGCAAACUUGAGGAAGAUGAUUUGACAGCGCAGUGCUUGAUUUUCUUCUUGGCCGGAUUUGAUACCAGCAGCACUUGCAUGUGUUUCACAGCUCACGAACUAGCUGCGAACCCUGAUGUUCAGAAGAAAUUGAUUGAAGAAGUCGAUGUCACGAAAAAAAUGCUUGGAGGAAAACCGAUUACUUAUGAAGUUUUGCAUAAUAUGAAGUAUUUGGACAUGGUUAUUUCUGAGAGUCUUCGUUAUUGGCCACCGGCGGCGGUUACUGAUAGAAAGUGCGUGAAACCUUAUACAAUGCAGGUGGAUGGAAAAUCUUACGACGUAAAGGUUGAAGAGGCUAUAAUGAUACCCAUGGUUUGCCUGCAUCACGAUCCAAAAUACUUCCCAAAUCCUUCUCGCUUCGACCCUGAGCGAUUCAGCGAUGAAAACAAGGAUAAAAUCACGCCCUUCACUUACCUUCCGUUCGGAGUUGGACCGAGAAAUUGCAUUGGAUCGAGAUUUGCUUUGAUGGAAACGAAAGCCAUUAUUUACUACAUCUUGACCAAGUUUACUUUUGAGGUCUCAAAGAAAACUCAAAUUCCUCUGAAACUUGCGAAAGCUGGGUUUGCUAUGAAGCCUGAGAAUGGUUUCUGGGUUAAUCUAAAGCCAAGAAGUUAG